GACGUCUGGGAACAAGUGCACAGGCACUACGCAAUUAUUGGACAUAUUAGAAGAAACAGUUUACAGUUAACAACUGUGCGGUGACGACAGUCCAUUUAACGCGACUGAUAGUUAGUGUGUUUGUCUUGAGUUUUAUAUAUAUGUACGUGUUUUGAAACUAAUUAAGUUCGAAAAUAGUUAUAUGACAAAUCGCCGAAACGCUACACACGUAAUCAAAUAAAUACAAAAAUAUAUACAGAACAUAUGUAUAUGAGCAGAAUUUUUACAGGGUUUUAAACGAGUAACGGAAUUCACAUUUGCCCAUGCUGGCAUUUUAAAAGCACAAUACAAUAAAUCAGAAAACUAUAUAUAUCGAGAUCGCCAUAAAUAACUAAAAAUGGCUUCUAACAAUAACCAAUUCAAUAAUUUCAAUCAGGCUAUUAUGGAUAAUAAGGAGAAUCUGGCACCGUCAACAAGCUUUGGCGCAAAGAGACAACGAACCGCAAUUGCAAAUUUUUCAAUUCCAGUGAAUGAUGCCGGAGAAUUCUUCGAUGUAACGGAACAUUUUACAGGCAACAUUGAGUGCAAAACUAGGUUGAAGGUUGAACGCACAGUGGGAACAGGACUAUUUACCGACCUUGAACAGUUGGCGACAGAAAAUGGUGGGCAGCUGCUAAUGGCACAACAGCCACAACCAAAGUUAAAUUUCAAUAUGAAUUUCCUACCUCAUAUUCGGAAGAUGAAUACCAAACAGCUACUGGAUUUGACAAGAUCCACCGAUACCAUACAAGCAAGACUAAGCACUUCGUUUCUGGGUCUGGAUACCCCAAAUGUGACACCACAAAAGUGCGAAAUGCCGACUGGCGUUAACACAUCAUCAGCUAUGGUGAAUUCUGGUAUAGCUUCGACAAUUGCUAGACCAUUUGGCGCACAACCGAUGACAGAUAUUGCAGUACAAGUGCUGACAUCGCAAUUACCAAAACCAAUCGCAAUCAUCCAGCCAUCAACCAAUAACAAUUUUUCAUUAAAGCGCGAAUUACCUGUUGACAUUCCAUCCUCAUCUAACGCUGUUAAUAUCGGGGAAAUGCAACAAAGUAAGAAACUUAAGAAAACAGUACCACUUAUGACCGAUUUGGUCAGAAAGUACAUCGAAAAGCAUACCAUAAUUGAAAAUGGUACAGAAUUAGUAAAGAUCGGCAGGAAUGGCACCACAUUGCAGAAACAAAUUUUAGAAGAGAUAAACUGGAACGGCACAGGAGCGGCCAUAACACGUAAAUUAUUGACAUGCAUAUUUGAUAGGGAAACGCUAGCCACACACACAAUAUCCGGCAGACCAUCGCCAGCCUUUUUGGAUGUGAAUAAACCGCGGAAAGGUCAGCUGAAUCCGUUGAUCCUAAGUGAUCUAAUUGAGUUUAUGGCAUUUUCGAAACGUACGACGCCACGUGAAGUGAAAAUCGCCGUUUCAACGAAAUGUGCAGACGAAUGCAAACAGUAUCGUCGACAGGAAGCAGCUGCUUCAACCUCAGCUCAGAUCAGGUCGACACUAGAAACCAUGCAAUUUUGAAAAUCAUACUCGAAAGCAACAAAUCUAUCUAAUCAAAUAAUCUAUAAUAUAGAUGAGAAUGUGAGUGUGUGUUGGAGGUGAAAAGCGUCGAAAGUAUGAAAGACGCUAAUAUAAAAUGGAACGUCGUUCGUACGUUUCACUACGCAUCUAGCGUCUGGGCUUCCGUCUGUGGAAACCCAUAAGUUAAGCGAUUACUAAUUUGAAGGCAUCCUAAACAUGUUUUAAUCAAAACAAUCAGUGCUGGAUAUUAUUAAAAAUAAUUUUUCUAAUUUUUCU